CUACCAUGUUAGGACGUCGUGCGUCGUACGUCAUGACGCAGCGCUGCUAGGGUCUUUUCCUGCCCUUCCCUGAGAGCCGUCACACAUUCUUUGGUUUGCCGACGCCUCGGACACACCUCAGCCAACAACACAGCCAUGUCUGACUUCUCGGAAGAUCAAAUAUGCGAGUUUAAGGAGGCGUUCCUGCUGUUCGACAGGACAGGAGAUGGCAAGAUCAGCUUCAGCCAGUGUGGGGACGUCAUGCGGGCCCUGGGACAGAAUCCUGUCAACGCUGAGGUGCUCAAGGUCCUGGGCAACCCCAAGGCUGAGGAGAUGAACUGCAAGAUGCUAGACUUUGAGCAGUUCCUGCCCAUGUUCCAGGCCAUCGCUAAGAAUAAGGAUCAGGGCUCCAUGGAGGAUUUUGUGGAGGGACUGCGUGUCUUCGACAAGGAGGGCAACGGGACAGUAAUGGGAGCAGAGCUUCGUCACGUCCUCACCACGCUAGGUGAGAAAAUGUCAGAGGAGGAAGUUGAGACGCUCUUGGCGGGACACGAAGACGCAAAUGGCUGCAUCAAUUAUGAAGCAUUUGUCCGCCACAUCAUGUCAGGCUGAGGGCCGAACUGGUCAGGAUGGUCAUGAACGGGUGAAGAUGAAGAGCAUCCAGCUUUUUUUUACCCUGUCACAUGUACCCUCUUUUUGCAGUUAGCUUCUAUCCCCCCCCAAUGUUUUCCAUGGGUUAGUUUUCCACAUUUAAUUUAAGAAGUGCCUUUACAUUCCCUACAAAAAGACUACAAAUGGCCCCUGGCUAAUUGGUGCCAGGUCCAUUCACCUAUGUGACCAACUUGUAUGCAUUCAGGAGUCUUAAUGCUUGCAUUGUUUGCAAUAACAUUCCAAGAUGCAGCACAUAAGACGACAUAAAUUGAUAAUGAUAUACUGUAAAUAUUGAUACAAGUAUGUCAAUGGAUGGGACAUUAAUAUAUAUAUACGGUAUACAUAAUAACUGUCAGCAACCUACUGUAUUAUUGGCUAAGACCAAUUGCUUUUCCUCCAAUCCUGCGGUAAACCGGUAUAUUCAAAGCCAUAUUAUCAUGAGGUAGAAAGAAACAUUUCAUAUGGGUUCCCGUGUUUUUAAUUCACCCCAAAUUUUGUUGCUGCAUUUAAAUAAAUGUUUUUUCCUGAAAACUCA